CCGUGUACGAAGUAUAAUUCAUCAGGAGCUGUUCAUGUAUGGUAAUUCAAAAAUCUUUACUAUCAGGGAUUUCCGCCUAAUUUCUUUUGUGUACAGAUGUAACAUGAACACGCAUGGAUCUAAUAGCCGAUAAGUACUACGAUAAAAUUCAUGAUACACUGAGGAAAUCUUGUUCCUUUAUCCAACCUGAGAAAAGAAACAUGUCAGUAAGUCCAGAGACUAAACACAAGUAGAAACUCAGGAGGCUCCAAGUCUUAACUGACUUUAUAAAGUGGCAGUUACAGACUUCAAAGCCCCCCACCCGGAGAGCAGCGAGCACUACACUUCCCAGCAUCCUCCGGGGGGCGGCGGCAGCAGCUGUGAGCUCCUGCUCGCCCGCGGUAAAGUGAUGAGAAAACGAGGAACAAGGUACAAUGUGUGGUGAGGGGGGGAGACGAGCUCUACAUUUCACCGGUGAUGCACGGAUCUGCGGAGGAGCGCGAUGGCUGUUGAAGCUGUUCACUGCAACCUGAGCCAGAAUGGCAUCGACCACCAGAUGUGCCCGGAGGACGUGACCUCACAGCUGGAGGGAGAGGAGGAGUCCGUGGACGGGGGGGCCGUGCUGCUGGACGACGACAGCCCGAUCUACCAGGAUGUCAGCCCGCCCAUGUACCAGCGCCGCUCGCCGCCACACCGCUCUGUGUCCGAGUCCGAGCUGACCCGGCCGGGGUACGUGAAGCUGUCCAAGCCCGUGGCCCUGUGGACCCAACAGGACGUGUGCAAGUGGCUGAAGAAGCAUUGUCCCAAUCAGCACCAGAUCUACAGCGACUCCUUCACACAGCACGACAUCACAGGGCGGGCUCUGAUGAGAUUGACGGACAGAAAGCUGGAGCGAAUGGGCAUCAUGCAGGAGGCCCAGAGGCAGCACAUCCUGCAGCAGGUCCUGCAGCUGCGGGUCCGGGAGGAAGUCAGGACCCUUCAACUCCUCACACAAGCCUCUCUGGAGUGCACUCCCUCUUCACCGUAGCCUGACGGAGCAGAAUAUCCAGUCGCAGAAGGACGCAGCCGCCCACCAUCUUGCCAACAUCUUCCCAGUAUAGUGAACCCCAGUCUUCUUCCUGGACCAAGCACAGCUCUCCGCCUCCACACACCGCCGCUGUCUGCCCUCGGAGUCUUGAUCUGGAAAAGUACCCAAGCCUUAUUUUCUUCCCAGCCGCUCCUGAGAAGCUCCCACGUGUUAUGACUCGCAGUUUCCUCGACAACUCCUCUCAGAUUCCAGGAGUCCUACCAAUAGUUUCCAUUGCAGGAGUCUCAUCUCCAGGCUUUUGUGACCUUUGCAGCCAAACCUUCACCAGACCUCUCACGCUACAACUCCUACAAUCCCCUCACACGUCCCUUUACUCCCUUCUCACCAAGAGCCGAGCCCCAGCCAACCAGCAGUCUACCCGGAACUCCCAAAGCAAAACCCCAACUCUUACAGUUACAAUAUAAUCCAUAGUCUUUUGGUCUGUUUUGUGGCAUGUUAGCUCCUUCAGCGUAGCACUUUAAUGUGUGUUUUCUCCCAAGAGUGCUCUUGUGUGGUGCACUGCUGAGUCUGGCUCUGCCCAACUCAGGACUGUGGGUAAUGAGACUGCUACUCUACACCUCUCCUUCCCUUUGUCC